AAUGUUUGGUAUCUAUUGUGCUAACUGGUUCUACUGAAUGUUUGGUAUUGAUUGUACUUACUGGUUCUACUGAAUGUUUGGUAUCUAUUGUAGUAACUGGUUCUACUGAAUGUUUGGUAUUGAUUUUACUUACUGGUUUUCAAAGGUUCUACUGAAUGUUUUGUAUUGAUUGUACUAACUGGUUCUAAAGGUUCUACUGAAUGUUUACUUAUUGUACUAACUGGUCCAAAUUUUUGUUGUUUUACACCUACUAAUUUUGUUAGUUUUUGUGAGUCUUCUGGCUUUAAAAAAUGUUUAUUUGUGCUACUCAUCCGUUUGAGCUUAUUGGUUCCAUUUGUUAUGUUUGUGGUUUUACUCGACCUGUUGACUCUAUUGACGCUACUAGGGCCUAGUUCCUCUUGGCCUGUUGUCCUUCCUGGUUUUGUUUGCAGAUGCUAAAUAGAUGUAUUCAUCACUGUGUAGAAUACGCUACUAAGUCAAAUAAGAACCGGAUUUUUCGGACUAUAAGGCGCACUUAAAAUUCUUUCAUUUUCUCAAAACUCGACAGUGCGCCUUAUAACCUGGUGCACCUAAUGUACGGAAUAAUUCUGGUUGUGCUUACCGACCUCAAAGCUAUUUUAUUUGGUACAUGGUGAAAUCACAAGUGUGACCAGUAGAUGGCAGUCACACAUAAGAUAUGUGAAGACUGCAAUGUGACUGAAGUAAACAACACCAAAAUGUUAUAUGUUCCAUUGAAAAUAAAGAACAUUACACACGGCGCUCACAAAUCGAUCAAAAUGUUUUAGUAGGACUUUGGUAAGCUAUGAAGCCACACCGCUUGAUGGAUUGUACUGUGCUUCAACAUAGGAGUAUUAUUAUGCUGUGUGUAUAAGGUAAGACAUUAUCUGGCGUUUUGUUUCACAAUAUUAUGCAAAAUCAACUUUUCUUACCUUCUGGUACCUGCUGAUCUGUAUUUGGGAUCUGCAUAAGUUCUGAAUAUUUUGCACACGUCCACCACUGUAGUCUGUGCCGACACCGUAGUCGAUAAGCUUCUUCUGUUAUGUGACAUUCAUCCUCCGCUGUUGCCAUUUCUAAUAUAACGUAGUGUAAAGUUCUUACUUAUAUCUGUCAGUAAACUCACCAUGAAAGCACUAAAACAUACCGGUGUAGUGACUUUACAUUAUUCACCCAAGGAACUUUAGUUGUUAGAGAGUUUCGGUCACGGGACACAUUUCGGGCGUUGUUGUUGCACUAGUGAGCCACGGAUGAGGAGAUGCUGCUCCGUUAUUGAUUGAAGUAAAGUCUGAAUGUCAUUAAAACAGUUAGCUCCAUCUUUUGACACUUCUUCCACCCCCGUCCUUGCACGCUACACCGCUACAACAAAGAUGACGGGGAGAAGACGCUGUCCAAGUGGAGGCACGUAAAUAAGAGCGCCCACAAAACGGUGCAUCCUGAAGAGACUCUCAGAAAGUACACAGGAAGUGAUCUCUGACUGAGGAGUAAAAGUCACACAUGUCUAAACGAGCUGCAGGGGGGCGGGGGAGGGGGGAGAGGCCGGACACCAUGGCAACGGUUCAAGCUGUCAAUGACGAGCUGAGAGCCAAACUCAUCAACAUCCAGGUGGAACUUCAGCAGGAGAAGAACAAGGUAAGCCGUCUGGAAAGAGACAAGAGCCAGGAACUAAGGACUGAGCAUCACCGGGCCACCGUAGCAAUGACGGAGCUGAAGACUAAACUGCAUGAGGAGAAGCAAAAAGAAUUAGCUGUUACCAGGGAGACGUUACUACGGCAACACGAGAUGGAGCUGAUGAGAGUUAUCAAAAUCAAGGAUGGAGAAAUUCAUCGGCUGAAUGGUUUAGUCCUGACGCUCAGGGACGGCUCUGUGGAUAAGGUAAGGAGUGCCCUGCUGAUGGAGGUGGAGGAGACAAGAAGGAGUUGGGAGGCAGAACGUUGUCGCCUCCAGCAGGAAGUUCAGGAGCAACGCGGAGCAAAGAGGAGCGCAGAGGAAGCGCUGGGAUUAGCUCACCAAGCUUGUCAGGCCCGAGUAGCCGAGCUCCGAUCGGUGCAUCACCAACACCAGGAGGAGUUGAACAGAACCAAGAGGGACUGUGAGAGGGAGAUCCGCCGACUGAUGGACGAGAUCAAAGUGAAAGACAGAGCUGUUAGUGUUUUGGACAAAGCCUUGGGGCUACAGGCUGGCCACGCCCACCGCCUUCAGCUGCAGACUCAGGCUGCUGAGCAGCAAAUGGCAGCCCUUAGAGAUGCACAAAGGGCGGGACUAAAGGACCCUGGACUUGUCCCUAACCCCGCCUCUAACAAUCCUCUCCAUACUUCUCAGGAGGACCGUGACACUCGGAGAUUUCAGUUGAAAAUUGCUGAACUCAGCGCUGUCAUCAGGAAGCUGGAAGAUCGAAAUGCUCUGUUGUCUGAAGAACGCAACGAACUGCUGAAACGCCUGAGAGAAACAGAAAGUCAGUUUCUUCCUCUUCUGGACAAAAGCAAAGGUCUGAGCAGAAAGAAUGAGGAGCUGUCACUCAUGUUGCGUCGCCUUGACAACAAGCUGCGCUUUGUCACCCAGGAGAACAUUGAGAUGAGGAGACCGAGUUCUCUGAACGACCUGGACCGCAGAAACCCUGCCGGUUACCAUGGUUACAGCCAGGAGGACCAAGAAAUGGAGUUCCUACGACUUCAGGUUCUGGAGCAACAACACAUCAUAGACGACUUGUCCAAGGCUGUGGAAACAGGAAGUAACGUGAAGAACGUCAUUGAAAGGGAUCUAUUAUUACGAUACAGACGUCAAGAAUGUCCCAGAAGAAGAAGAACUUUGAGAGCCUGUCGGGUCAUAGAAACCUUUUAUGGUUACGAUGAAGACGUGUCAGUGGAUUCAGACGGCUCGUCUUUAUCUUUUCACACAGACAACACUCCUGACACGGAACCUGAAGAGGUGUGUGAGGAGGCGGAGCUUCGCUACCGUCAGCUGACACAAGAAUAUCAAGCACUGCAGCGUGCGUAUGCUUUACUGGCUGAGACCAGUGGAGGAAACUACGAUGCUGAGAAGGAGAUCAAGACCAGAGAACAGCUGCUUGAGGAAGUCCGUCAAUAUCAGAGCAGAGUUGCAGAUCUGCAGUCAGCUCUCCAACAGCAAGGACUGGAGGUGAAGUGGGUGGAGGAGAAGCAGUUGUUGUACCAGAGGAACCAGCAGUUGGUGGACAAGAUCAAGCAGAUGGAGACAGAAGAAGUCAAUCUGAAAAACCACAUCCAAGAUGUCCGAGACCAAAACGAACUACUGGAGUUCCGAAUAUUAGAGCUGGAGGAGAGGGAGUGGCGCUCACCUGCCAUCAGCUUCCAGCAAGUCCACUUCCCAGAAUGCCUCAGUCCUUUGCAGAUCUACUGUGAGGCAGAGGGAGUUACUGACAUUGUGAUCAGUGAUCUCAUGAAGAAGUUGGACAUUUUAGGAGAUAACGCCAACUUGUCCAAUGAGGAGCAGGUGGUCGUGAUUCACGCCAGGACUGUUCUUACUCUGGCAGAGAAGUGGUUGGAGUCCAUUGAAGUAACAAAGUCUGCACUGCGGCAGAAGAUGUUGGACAUUGAAAGUGAGAAGGAUUUGUUCAGCAAGCAGAAGGGCUACCUGGAUGAAGAGCUGGACUUUAGGAAGCGCUCCAUGGAUAAAGGUCACAAGAGGAUCCUGGAGCUGGAGGCCAUGCUGUACGAGGUGCUAGAACAGCAGGAGCACCUGGGGAUGGACAAGGUGAAGAAUGCUUGUGUGACGGAGGAGCAGAGGGAGGCUCUCCAGAGGGCCAUGGACCAAUGGAAACGUGCUGUGAUGUGCGAGCUGAGGGAGAGAGAUGCUCAGAUCCUCAAAGACCGGAUGGAUCUGCUGCAAGUCACACAACAGAGGAACAAAGACUUGGAGGAAGUCGUGGAAGCUCAGAAACGACAGAUGCAAGAGUUGGAGGAGAAGUUUCUCUUUCUCUUUUUAUUCUUCUCUCUGGCCUUCAUCCUCUGGUCCUAACAUCCGCUGCCUCGCUCGUCCCGCAGCUGAACGUUGGGCCAAUCAGAAGCCAGCUGACCUGCCAGCUCCCAGAAUGCCGAGAGCAGGUGAUGAUGUGAGGGGACUGCUGUCAUGUCACAAGUACUUGGAAAGGUGCAAAUAAAGUGACUCAACGUGCUUGUCAAGCACUUUUUGGACACGGAAAGGACGUUGUGAAUGUCUGCCAUCUUGGAAAGGACGUUGUGAAUGUCUGCCAUCUUGGAGAGGGCGUUGUGAAUGUCUGCCAUCUUGGAAAGGACGUUGUGAAUGUCUGCCAUUUUGGAAAGGUGCUGAGGUGUUGGAACCUUUGAGUGUGGUUCCAGAGUUUCAUUUGCACUUUGCUGCUGCUGAGAAGAUUAUUCCUGAGUUGUCUGCUCGUUAGGCAGAGAUCUUCAACCAUUUCCUGAAAAACAAAGAACUUGUUGUAAUAUUUGGACCCUUUGAUUGGCCCUCAGUAGGGUGACAUACUCUUGACCUAUUUGCUUGGCCAGCCAUGUCCUACUUUGGUGGAAAUGCUUUUAUUGACCAUCUCCCAACACCAACUUUCUAGUACUAUGGAGGUGACUUACAGUGGUGGUCAAAAGUGUACGUACACUUGUAAAGAACAUCAUGUCAUGGCUGUCUUCACUUUACAAUCAUUUCUACAAACUCUUAUUUUUUUGUGAUUGGAGCACAUACUUGUUGGUCACCUGCGAUGAGGUGGCGACUUGUCCAGGGUGUACCCCGCCUUCCGCCCAAUUGCAGCUGAGAUAGGCUCCAGCACCCCCCACGACUCCAAAAGACACAAGCGGUAGAAAAUGGAUGGAUGGAUGAACUUGUUGGUCACAAAAAACAUUCAUGAAGUUUGCUUCUUUGAUGAAUUUAUUAUGAAAAUGUGAGGGUGAAAAGUAUACAUACAGCAAUGUUCAUAUUUGCUUACAUGUCCCUUGGCAAGUUUACCUGCAAUAAGGCACUUUUGGUAGCCAUCCACAAGCUUCUGCUUGACCACUUGACCACUAAAUUGCUGCAGUUCAGCUAAAUGUGUUGCUUUUCUGACAUGGACUUGUUUCUUCAGCAUUGUCCACACCUUUAAGUCAGGACUUUGGAAAGUCCAUUCUAAAACCUUCAUUCUAGCCUGAUUUAGCCAUUCCUUUUCCACUUUUGAGGUGUGUUUGGGGUCAUUGUCCUGUUAGAACACCCAACUGCGCCCAAGACCCAACCUCCGGGCUGAUGAUUUUAGCUUGUCCUGAACAAUUUGGAGCUAAUCCUCCUUUUUCAUUGUCCCAUUUAAAGCAGCAGUUCCAUUGGCAGCAAAACAGGCCCAGAGCAUAAUACUACCACCACCAUGCUUGACGGUAGGCAUGGUGUUCCUGGGAUUAAAGACCUCACCUUUUCUCCUCCAAACAUAUUGCUGGGUAUUGUGGUCAAACAGCUCCAUUUUUGUUUCAUCUGACCACAGAAGGUCUUAUCUUUGUCCAUGUGAUCAGCAGCAAACUUUACCAGCUCAGUGCAAUUGUGGUUAGAGUGUCCGCCGUGAGACUGGGAGGUCGUGAGUUCAAACCCCGGCCGAGUCAUACCAAAGACCCAUUGCCUCCCUGCUUGACACUCAGCAUCAGUGGGUUGGAAUUGGGGGUUAAAUCACCAAAUGAUUCCCGAGCAUGGUGCCCGCUGCUGCUCACUGCUCCCCUCACCUCCCAGGGGGUAAACGUGUUGAUGGGUCAAAUGCAGAGGACAAAUUUCACCACACCUAGUGUGUGUGUGACAAUCGUUGGGACUUUAACUUUAACUUUAGACGAGCCUUAAGGUGUGGCUUCUGGAACAAGGGCUUCCUUCUUGCAUGGCAGCCUCUCAGUCCAUGGCCAUGCUGACUGUGGACACUGACACCUGUGUUCCAGCAGCUUCCAAUUCAUUGCAGACCUGCUUUUUGCUGGUUCUCGCUUGACUCUUGAUCAUCCUCACCCAUUUUCUCUCAGCAGCAGAUGAUAACUUGCAUUUUCUUCCUGAUCAUAGCAGUGACAAAACUGUGCCAUGCACUUUAUACUUGUGAACAAUUGUCAGCACAGUUUCUCUUGGGACCUUAAGCUGCUUUGAAAUGUCUCCAAGUGACUUUCCUGACUUGUUCAAGUCAAUGACUAGUUUUUUCAGAUCAUUGUGGCGUUUGUAAGCGAGUCUAAUGACUGCAUCAUAUUUAAAUGUGCUCAGAGAUGCCAUGAAGCUCAUUUCAUUUGAUUGUAACUUUUCUACAUCACCAAAAUUCAUCAUGUAUGUUGCUGUAUGUAUACUUUUGCCAAGGGACAUGUAAGCAAAUAUGAACAU